AUGACGAGAGAUUUAACGUGGUUCACAAAUCAAUACGAUGUACUACAUGCUCGGGUGAAGCUGAAGAUGAUUCAGUACUAUUUGAUGGAAGAAAAUACAACAGAAGAGAUCUAUCAAGAACAUCAAAAGGUCGCAAAAUCAAAAGAGAAGAAAAUUAUGGGAGGAGGGAGAGUUGUUUCUGAGAAGAUGAAGCUUCUUCUAUCAUUACUUGUUCUUCAGUUCUGCUUUGCAGGAUUUCACAUUGUCUCCAGACUUGCACUCAACAUGGGUGUCAGCAAAGUUGUUUACCCAGUCUAUAGAAACAUUAUAUCACUGCUUUUGUUGGGACCUAUUUCUUAUUUUUUGGAGAAGAAAGAGAGACCACCUCUUACUUUCCCUUUAUUGGUUCAAUUCUUCUUUCUUGCAUUGAUUGGGAUCACUGCUAAUCAGGGAUUUUAUCUCCUUGGUUUGUAUUAUGCAUCUCCAACUUUUGCUUCUGCAAUGCAAAAUUCAGUUCCUGCAAUUACUUUUGCCAUGGCUGCAAUUCUAAGGCUUGAGGAAGUUAAUAUAUCAAGGAGAGAUGGAUUGGCAAAAGUACUAGGAACCAUUGUUAGUGUAGGAGGUGCCACUGUCAUUACUCUCUACAAGGGCACACCUCUACUGCACCAUUCUCAUCACCCACUGGAAAUUUCAAUAGAAGGAGAAGCAUUGGAAAAUCCUUCAAAAAAUGUCCAGAACUGGACAUUGGGUUGUCUUUACCUUCUUGGGCAUUGCUUAUCAUGGUCUGGUUGGAUGGUUUUUCAGGCUCCAAUUAUAAAGAAGUACCCAGCUAAACUUACACUCACUUCAUUCACUUGCUUCUUCGGAGUAAUACAGUUCUUGGUUAUAGCAGCCUUUGCAGAAACAGAUCUUGAUCGUUGGAAAAUCCAAUCUGGAGAGGAGCUUUUAACCAUCCUCUAUGCUGGAGUUGUGGCUUCUGGGAUUGUUGUUGCUCUUCAAACAUGGUGUAUCCAUAAAGGAGGACCAGUUUUUGUGGCAGUCUUUCAGCCUGUACAGAUGGUUUUAGUUGCAGUCAUGGCAUGUCUAAUACUUGGUGAUCAGUUAUACGCAGGAGGGAUUAUUGGUUCAGUUCUCAUCAUCAUUGGUCUUUACUCUGUUCUUUGGGGGAAAAAUGAAGAAAAGAAAGUGAGAAAACAAGUGGAGGAAGAAACAUUGACAAAGCAUCUCCUUGAUGAGGAAAGUGCCAUUAAACAAAGUGAAGCUGUAUCUGACUUGCCAUGACAAACCCAUAUGCUGACAGGUUAAGACAGUUCAGAUUUGAGUGAUUAAGCUCUGAAACAACUAAAGAUCUGGGAAGAAAUAUAUUGUCCUCCUGGUUUAAUAUAAGCUCAGCAAGACAGCAAUCCAACAUGUGAAUCUAGCUAGGUUGGCCUUCUGCCUAGUUCCUACUUGUGCAUGAAAGAGAAGCUCAUCUUGAAGAUCUCUUAGAUUUU